AUGUCGAAGCUCCAAACUAUGGAUUUUGGUGGGAAUUCUUUGGAAGGAGUGAUUUCAGGAACUCAUUUCUCAAAACUCUCCAAAUUACAGAAUUUGGAUCUAUCUUCUAACUUGCUAGUUUUAGACAUCCAUCCUGAUUGGAUUCCUCCUUUCCAACUGGUCUCCAUAGCCUUGGGGUCUUGCAAGAUGGGUCCGGAUUUCCCAAAGUGGCUUCAAACUCAAAAAAAAUUAUAUUCCCUUGAUAUUUCUGAUGCUGGAAUUUCCGACAUCUUUCCAAGUUGGUUUUGGAGUUUAUGUCGUAAUGUGACAUUUAUGAAUCUCGCAAGCAACCAAAUUGGAGGUACAUUUGCAAAUUUGACAUUGGAAUUUUCAUAUUUCCCUGAACUACAUCUAAGUUCGAACAAGUUGGAAGGUCCAAUCCCCUCAAUUCUAUCAAAAGCCUCAUAUCUGGAUCUCUCUUAUAAUAAACUUUCAGGGUCAAUUUCGUUCUUGGGUUCAAGUGCAGCUUUUGGUUUAAGCUUUCUUGACCUCUCAAACAACAAUGUUUCUGGACAAGUUCCAGAUUGCUUGACACACUUGGAGAAUCUAGUCAUGCUUGAUUUGAGUUACAAUGCUUUGUCUGGGAAAAUUCCUACAACAAUGGGCUCCGUAUUUCGGAUUCAAACACUCAAAUUAAGAAGCAAUAAAUUUGUGGGACAAUUGCCAUCGUCGUUGAAGAAUUGCACAAGUUUAGUAGUUGUUGAUGUUGUGGAUAAUAAAUUAUCCGGACCGAUACCUAAAUGGUUAGAGGUUAGCUUAAAGAAUUUGGUUAUCCUGAUGCUAUCGUCUAAUCACUUCAGUGGAGGCUUGCCCUCACAAAUAUGCCAUCUAACACACAUUCAAAAUUUGGAUUUCUCCAUGAACAUCAUCUCUGGAAGCAUACCCAAAUGCCUCACCAAUUUAACUACUCUGGCUCAGAAAGGAAAUUCAAGUAUGAAAAUCUCACAUUUUUUUGAAAUUUCUACUGAUCAACAUGAAUUUACUAGAAAUGACUAUGAGGAUGAUGCAACAUUCAUAUGGAAAGGAGGAAUGAAGACAUACAAAAAUACUUUGGGGCUUGUGAAGAGAAUUGAUCCAUCAAGCAAUAAAUUAACAAGGGAGAUUCCAAGUGAAAUCACUCAUCUUGUUGGGUUGGUUUCUUUAAAUCUAUCGAGAAACCAAUUAACAAGUCAAAUAACUCCAGAGAUCGGAAACUUGCAGUCACUGGAUUCUCUUGAUUUGUCAAGAAACCAUAUAGACGGAAGAAUUCCAACAAGCCUUGCUAGGAUAGAUCGUCUAGGUUUCUUGGACUUGUCAUAUAACAACUUGUCUGGCAAAAUUCCAGUCGGGACUCAGCUCCAAGGCUUUGAUCCCUCUGUUUAUGGUGGGAAUCUUCAACUCUGUGGACCUCCACUUAAAAAGAUGUGUGCUGAUGAAGAGGAAAGAGGUCCAAGUGAGCAAACUGACUUCAUCAACCAAGAGGACAAGGAUGAGCUAAUAACACUGGGAUUCUACAUUAGUAUGGGGCUUGGAUUUGUUGCUGGAUUUUGGGGAGUUUGCGGCACCUUGAUAUUUUCUAGUUCAUGGAGAUAUGCAUAUUUGAAGUUCUUGAAUGGCUUAAAUGAUUGGCUUUUUGUGAGGAUAGCUUUGUUGAAGCGGCAAUUGAAAGAUGCUUAA